CUCUAGCUUACUUCCGCCUCCUCUCUAUGGCCCGGCGGCGGGCGGGCGGCGCGGCGGGGCCCCGCUGAGGCGGCGGCGGGGACGGGAGCGGGGCUGGGGGCGGCCCGGGGGGGAGCCGGGCCCGGGAUGGAGCCCGAGACGCUGGAGGCUCGCAUCAACAAGGCCACCAGCCCGCUGAACAAGGAGCUGGACUGGGACGGCAUCGGCGCCUUCUGCGAGCAGCUCAACAAGGAGCUGGAGGGCCCCCCGCUCGCCACCCGGCUGCUGGCGCACAAGAUCCAGUCCCCGCAGGAAUGGGAAGCCAUCCAGGCCCUCACGGUGCUGGAGUCCUGCAUGAAGAGCUGCGGCAAGCGCUUCCACGAUGAGGUGGGCAAGUUCCGCUUCCUCAACGAGCUCAUCAAGGUGGUGUCACCCAAGUAUCUCGGCAGCCGGACGCCGGAGAAAGUGAAGUCCAAGAUCCUGGAGCUGAUGUACAGCUGGACGCUGGGGCUGCCUCACGAGGUGAAGAUCCUGGAGGCCUACCAGAUGCUGAAGAAACAAGGUAUUGUGAAAAGUGACCCCAAACUGCCUGAGGAUGCCCCUUUUCCGCCGCCUCCCCCUCGUCCCAAGAAUAUCAUCUUUGACGACGAAGAGAAAUCGAAGAUCCUGGCUCGCCUCCUGAAAAGCUCCCAUCCCGAGGACCUCCGGGCCGCCAACAAACUCAUCAAGGAGAUGGUUCAGGAGGACCAAAAACGCAUGGAGAAGAUCUCCAAGAGGGUGAACGCCAUCGAGGAGGUGAACAACAACGUGAAGCUGCUGACGGAGAUGGUGACAAACUACAGCAAGGGCGAGACGACGGAGAGCAACGAGGACCUCAUGAAGGAGCUGUACCAGCGCUGCGAGCGCAUGAGGCCCAUGCUUUUCCGGCUCGCCAGUGACACAGAAGACAACGAUGAAGCUUUGGCGGAGAUCCUGCAAGCCAAUGACAACCUGACGCAGGUGAUCAACCUCUACAAGCAGCUCGUGCGGGGCGAGGAGAUCAACGGGGAGGUGACGGCCGGGCCCCUUCGAGGCAGCACCUCAGCACUUCUGGAUCUGUCGGGACUGGACCUGCCAGCGACAGGCCCUUCCUACCCAGCCGUGCCCACCCUCUCAGGUGGCUCGGCGGCCCCCGUGCCUGACCAGGCUGGCUCUGUCUCGCUGCUGGACGAUGAACUCAUGUCUUUAGGCCUGAACGACCCCGCACCGCAUCCUGCCCCGGCUGCCGACAGCAGCGGCUGGAACAGCUUCCAGUCGUCAGAUAGCAGCGAGCUCGGCGUCGCCCCCGUCGUGGCAGCGCCGCCGCUCAAAGCGGACGCGGGCACGGCCUCCCCCAAACCUUCGGCUGGCACCAGUGGCCUGGACGACCUGGACCUCCUGGGCAAGGCUCUGCUGCAGCAGUCUUUGCCUCCAGAGUCCCAACAAGUGCGAUGGGAGAAGCAGCCACCCCCCCGGCUCACCCUGAGGGAUCUCCAGAACCGGAGCAGCUCUGGCACCGCAGCCCCCGCCCCCAGCGCUCUGCCCGUGCUGCAGGGCGCUCCUAACCCCCCUCCACCCCUGCCCUCGGAGGUGCCUGCCCCCGCCACGCUCCCCAAAACUGCGAGCACGCCACCGGGAAGCGCCCCUGGCCCGGCACGGCCUCCUGCCACCGCGCUGCCCCAGGAGAUCUCGCUGGCCAACAUCACUGUGCCUCUGGAGUCCAUCAAACCCAGCAGCAUCCUCCCCGUGACGGUGUACGACCAGCACGGCUUUCGUGUCCUCUUCCACUUCGCCAAGGACGCCCUGCCCGAGCGGCCUGACGUGCUGGUGGUGGUGAUCUCCAUGCUGAGCACGGCCCCGCAGCCCAUCCGAAACAUCGUCUUUCAGUCUGCUGUCCCCAAGGUGAUGAAGGUGAAGCUGCAGCCUCCCUCGGGCACGGAGCUGCCGGCCUUCAACCCCAUUGUCCACCCCAGUGCCAUCACGCAAGUCCUGCUGCUCGCCAACCCACAGAAGGAGAAAGUGAGGCUACGAUACAAGCUGACCUUCACCAUGGGAGAGCAAACCUACAAUGAAAUGGGGGACGUGGACCAGUUCCCUCCACCGGAAUCCUGGGGAAACCUUUAGGUUUCAGGCACUACAUCACAGAGUCCUUGGGAAAACGGCCCCGUGGGGGGGGCUGGGGCAGCCCGAGGAGAGACGGGGAGGGUGGGUGGGGGGCUGCUGCUGCUGCUGCUCACGCUCUGCCCCAGAGGGAGCCUGCCUCCAGGAUGAGAGCAGAGACACCAGGAGAUGCUCGUCCCGCAGGGCCAGAAGCGCAGGCGAGCUUCUCGUGGGCCAACGGUUGCCUUCCCUGCUCUUCCGAAGGCAUUUCUCCCUCUCCAGUUUGUCCGGCUUCUCUUCUAACCCUGCUUUUCCCCUCCAGGCGCAGUGGGGAGUGCGGAUGGGGGAGCUUUAGGGCUUUUGUGUCAGCAAAUGCUGGGUUCUCGGGGCUUCCCCCUUGCUCUCUCCUGGGAGCUGAGUCCCCUUUCUGGUGGGCUCACCCUGGAGCUGGUGCAGAACGAGGCUGAACGGGGCUUUGGGUGUCUCCAGCACCACCCAUCCUCGUUUUGGGGUGUCGGGGGGGGAUUUUCCACUGCCCCCCUCCUUCCAGCGGCAGGCAGAGGUCUUGGAGGGAGGUGGGCAGAGCGCAGCACCAGGGGGCACCACGAAGCUCUGCACGGGGAGCCCGGCACCACGCUGUGGGGGGGGGAGAAAAAGGGGUUGGGCUGUGCCCUGUGCACCUUUUUUCCCCCAAUUUUUCUCUCCCUGCAGCGGGGAGGGGGCUCGCCCAGCCGCCUGAUCACUGUGACACGAGAGCGGGGAGGAGACCAGGGGGUGGCACGGCCCCGGCAGUCCCCGUCCUCACGGGGUUUGUGACCCCAGGAGCUGCUUCCCUUCCCCAGGGUGGAUCUCGGGGGCAAGCUGUGCUCCUGCACAGCAGCUAGGAGGAAACUUGCACCAGGUGGAGAGGAUUUGGGAGAUUUUGGGGGCAGCGAAGGGGGGAAGAGGGCUGGGAGCUGGGGAGCAGCGAGUGGCAGAGGAGAGGGGGAAGCGAGGUCUUUGUGCUGGGGUUCUGCUGUGUCUUACUUCCCUUUCUGGUCUCUUCAGGGUUUUGUAGGGGUUUGGUUUUUUGUUGGUUUUUUUCCUUUGCAGAUCUUGUUUGGUUCCAGAACAGACUUGUAUAUAUUUUCAGUGCGAAUUCUGUAAAUGGAAGAAAACAAAUGGGAGGGAAAAAAAAAAAUUAAAAAAAAAACGCCCGGCGCGAAGAAAUCUGCUGUAUUUAUGGGAAAUAAAGAAUUCUUUCCUGAA